AUGGUCCGCACUCCACGGCGCUCACAGGAGAGCGAGGAGCCAGCAGAGGGGCACCUGGCGCAGCCGCUCUCCGAGUUACGCUGCGGGCUCCGGCGGCACCGGCGUAGCCGCGUCCCGGGAGGGUUCGCACCUGGCGGCGGCGGGAGCACCGCCGGCACUGGAAGCGGCAGGCCGCGGAGGGGGGCGAGGAGAGCGGGUCGUGCCGUCGGGGGUCGCGGGCAGCGCCGCAGCCGAGGGGCGCGCAGAGGGGGCGGCGCGGGCGCUGCCCUCCCCCGGCUCCGUCCGCGGAGCUCCGCUCCCCUCCCCCCGGCUCCCCUCAGGCCGCCCCUCGGCUGCCCCCCUCCUCCCGCCACACCCCGAGCGGGGUCCCAGGCCAGGCGCUCGGCGGCGAGGGGCCAGGGAGAGCCGGGCGGGCGUUCCACGCCCCGGACCCACUCACCUCCGUGUCCCGGGACUCCGGCCACUCCACUGAGGCACCAGCUCCCCUGGUCACCGAGGAGACGGGCGUCGGGCUGCGCCGCAGAGCGCUCCGGCCACUGGCUGCGCGGAGCUGUCAGUCACCGCGCUCGCCCGGCAGGGGUGGCGGUCGGGUUCCCGGACAGAGAAAGGGGAGAGACAAUACCCAGCUCUAAAGAACUACAACUCCCGGCGUGCUCUGCGAGCGCCGCGCUCACUGCGGCCGUGGGGAGCGGCCUCGCGUGGGAUGCCGGGACUCGUAGUUCCUCCGUCUACCCCGAGCCUCCUCGGCGGGGCGCGGUGGGCAGCGGGCGCUCCGCCUCUCCGCUUCGCGCCGAGUGGAGGCAGUGCGCAAGCGCGUGUUGCCGGCGCCCUUUCGAAUGGGGCUGGGGGGGCGUGAGGAGCGGUCGAAACCGGGAUGAAGGGAGGGAUUAA